UCAAAAGAUGAACAAAAAAAUAUAUACAAAAGACAACUGAGGGCAGAUUUGUCUCUCUGCAACUUCAUUGGUAGGUAGAUCAUCUCUGAAAACUUUAAUUUCAAUCCAAACUCAGAAGACCACUGAUCACUUCAUCCAUGGAGAUCACCUUAAACCCCAUAAAGCUUCUUCCUUUAUCAAUCAUCACUAUGUUGUUCAUCAUUUUCUUCCUCUGUUUUUCUUCCGUCAUGGCUGGUGAUAAAGAUGACAUAAGAUGCCUACGAAAAAUUCAGACCUCUCUUGCCGACCAUCAGAGAUUUCUCAGAUCAUGAAAUUUCACAAACACAACUCUCGGGUUCCUCUGAAACUUCGUCGGCCCGUCUUGUUGGAGAUUAGAGUUUUGUUUAUGUCAUUCCACCAUGAGAUCUAUGGAUGUAAGCUAAAGUCCACCACCGUCGCUUUAUAUUACGGAUUUCAAUGGCUCAUAUUGUUAAUGCAAAUGAAGAGAUACAAGUUGGGAAAAAGAGAAAAAAAUAUGUCAAAUUUCAAGAUAGACGUUGAUAUUCUCUUACUGGUAUUUUCAAUCAUUGUGAAGAUAUGCAAUAUCGCUUCAUGUACUCCGCAGAUACAAUGUCAAGUUAGAAGAUCAACUACAUACUUGGGAACAACAUGUUCGUUAUUUAAAACUCUCUCAGACCCGCAUCCCAAGGCGCCGCUCCGAUGGAUCCCCCCAGCUCCGACCACGACGCUCUUACCUCCUCUCUCUGAAUCGACUCUGCUCCUUUCCAUGACCAUGCCGACUACUCAUCCGUCGUGCCGUCGUCCCCCUCCAGAUCCGCCGCCGUUGUUCCUUGGCUUGAUGCAGCACUGCUCCUCCUUGAAGAUGAUGGUGACAGCUCUUCCUCCUCCUUCACGGUCCAGGUCUCUUCCAGAUCCGUCGACGAACAAGCACCUUCAAAGUGAAACUCUUUCUCCAGUCAAGCCACCAAAACCUCCAGACCCACCACUGCCAGGCGCUUCCGUCAGCCUCGCUACUUCUCCCAGAUCUCCUCCACAAGCUACUCAAAUCCUAUAUCUGAGGUUUAAUCUUUCAAUGGUGUCAAGUAAGCUCAGUAAUGACGAUGCUGCUCUUGUGGUCACCGGUGACACUAUCUUUGUUUACUGGCGUUCUUUUCCUGUGGUAUACAGGUCGCCUCCUUGUCAGCUUUCUUUUCCUGUGAUAUACAGGUCGUAUCUCUGUCAGCUCCGGAAUGGGUCUUCACACAACUGUUGUUCAAGUCUUCCAUUUAUCCAUUCGCUUAUAGACAUACAGGUUCACCUUAGCUCCUUGCUCUCUGAUUAUCCCUAUUCUUUUGAAUGGGAUGCAAUGCUUGAUGUGCUGGUGACUCGAGCUUUAGUUGGUAACGUACUGAUGGACUCAGUGUCCUUUGGCUACAUCUUUAUGUCUCGUGGUUGUUUCUACUCUGCUAUAGAGUGUUUGAUGCCUAUUACUUCCUGGUUUCAAAUCUGUCAAACUUCCUCUGGAGUGGAGUACUUAAGGUGCUGCUCAUGUGGUGCACGGUCAGAAUUUAGAUGGGAAGAUUGCUCAAGAGAUGAUUUGCUCUCUGUACUGUUCAAAGGCUCAGCAUCUUGGUGUCACAUCGCCUUUGCUAUUCCUAGUGUUGUCGAGAUACGAGGACGUCUCUACAAUGUGGAUGCAGCUUGGGAUGCCAAGUCUAGACACUGUGACAUUGGAGGCAUCUUAUCAGGUGCGAAUAUCAUCACCCUACCAAACCUUUGCAAGUCUCGCAAUCAUGUAUCAUCAGCACUCAUGGCUGAAGCCAUUGCUGUCCAUCUUACGGUAACUACUGCCGUUUACUCAAACAUCCGAUCCCUGGCAGUUUUCUUUGAUUCUCUAUCACUCAUCAAACUAUUGAAGAAUGGUGGAUCUCAGCUAGAGCUUUUCGGUAUCAUGUUUGAUAUCUAUCACUACUUGUUUUACUUUGAUGUUGUCUUUUGUAUUUUCAUUUUCGGAAACUUUAAUGGAGAGUCUGAUCUAGUGGCAAAAUCAGCUCUCUCUUUAGUUGUAACUAUACCCCUAAUUGGGGUGUAAACUCUUCUUAAGUAAUGCAUGUUUGUUUGAUCAAAAAAAAAAAAAAA